AAUCAAAGGGGUCCUUUCCCGCACAAGGAAAUCAUUUUUACUUAUUAACACAAGUCUGAUGUUUAUGUUGACAGAAAUCGAAGUUUUUUGUUUUUCUAGAAUGCCUGCUGAGGGCAAGAGAUCAUUAAACAUGGAUGAGAAAGAGGUGAGCUCCUUUAGUAACAAGGAGAAAGACAGGGAUGGUGAUAGACGGCCCGCCUCCUCCCGGGAUAAAGUGAAGGAUGAGGCAAAGAUGAGUGGCAAGAAAGAUAUUGGUAAGGCUGCAGAGGAAAAGCGGAGGCGGCUUGAGGAAGACAAAAGAAAGAAGGAAGAAAAAGAGCGGAAACGGAAAGAGGAGGAGAAACAGAAGGCAGAGGAGGAGCAGAGGAAGAAGGAGGAAGAAGAGAAGAAGCAGCAGGAGGAGCAGGAGAGGAAAGUUCAGGAGGAGGAGGCCAAGAGACAGCGUGAAGAGGAGGCAGCUCAACUCAAGGAGAAGGAGGAGGGCCACCAGCUCCACCAGGAGGCCUGGGAGCGCCAUCAGUGCCGGAAGGAGCUUCGCGUCCGCAACCAGAACGCCCAUGAGGGCCGUCCCGAGGAGACCUUCUUUAGCCGCCUUGACUCCAGCUUGAAGAAGAACACAGCCUUUGUCAAGAAGCUGCGCACGCUCACCGAGCAGCAGCGCGAUGCCCUCUCCAACGACUUUGGCUCACUAAACCUCAGCAAGUACAUCGGCGAGGCGGUGGGCUCUGUGGUGGAGGCCAAGCUGAAGAUCUCUGACGUGGGCUGCGCCGUGCACCUGUGCUCCCUCUUCCACCAGCGCUACGCCGAAUUUGCCCCACUGCUCCUCCAGGCCUGGAAAAGGCACUUUGAGGCACGCAAGGAAGAGAAGGCACCCAACGUGAGCAAGCUGCGCACCGACCUGCGCUUCAUCGCAGAGCUCACCAUCGUAGGCCUGUUCACGGACAAGGAGGGCCUGUCACUCAUCUACGAGCAGCUGAAGAGCAUCAUCGGGACAGACCGCGAGACACACACGCAUGUGUCAGUGGUCAUCAGCUUCUGUAAGCACUGCGGGGACGACAUCGCGGGCCUGGUGCCUCGCAAGGUGAAGGCUGCACGGGAGAAGUUUGGCCUGGCCUUCCCUCCCAGCGAGAUCAUCAACACAGAGAAGCAGCAGCCCUUUCAGAACCUUCUGAGGGAGUACUUCACCUCGCUCACCAAGCACCUGAAGAAGGACCACCGCGAGCUGCAGAACAUUGAGAGGCAGAACAGGCGUAUCCUCCACUCCAAAGGGGAGCUGAGUGAGGACAGACACAAGCAGCAUGAGGAGUUUGCCACGUCCUACCAGAAGCUGCUGGCUAACACCCAGUCUCUGGCCGACUUUCUGGAUGAGAACAUGCCAGAGCUUCCACUGGACAAGACUGUGCAGGAAGAGCACGGCCCUGGCAUUGACAUCUUCACCCCUGGGAAGCCCGGAGAGUAUGACCUGGAGGGGGGCAUCUGGGAGGACGAGGAUGCCAGGAACUUCUACGAGAACAUGGUGGACCUGAAGGCCUUCGUCCCCGCCAUCCUGUUCAAAGAUAACGAGAAGGGCAAGGACAAAGAGGAGGCUGCUGCUAAAGAGGCUAAAGAUGCUGCGGCCACCACAGAGGAGUUGGAGUUGGAGCUCGAGGCUCUAGACAUCGCUGAUGACCCUCUGGAGCUGGAUGGACCUGACGAGGCAGAGAACGAGGCAGAGCUCGCCAAAAAGCUGUUGGACGAGCAAGGUAAAGAUGAAGGGAUCAAGUUAGGGUAUGAGAGAGGUCAGGGAAACAGAGCUAGGGCCCACUCAUGGGUGCUCAGGGCCAAUCAACUAAACAGAGAACAAGAGGAUGAGGAGGCAAGCACCGGGUCCCAUCUGAAGCUCAUCGUGGACGCCUUCAUCCAGCAGCUUCCCAACUGUGUCAACAGAGACCUCAUAGACAAGGCUGCCAUGGAUUUCUGCAUGAACAUGAACACCAAGUCAAACAGGAGGAAGCUGGUCCGGGCUCUCUUCACCGUUCCCAGACAAAGGUUGGAUCUGCUGCCCUUUUACUCCCGUCUGGUGGCCACCCUUCACCCCUGCAUGUCAGAUGUGGCCGAGGACCUGUGCUCCAUACUCAAAGGAGACUUCAGGUUCCACAUCCGGAAGAAGGACCAGAUCAACAUCGAAACAAAAAAUAAAACUGUAAGGUUUAUCGGGGAGCUGGCCAAGUUCAAGUUGUUCUCAAAAACGGACACUCUGCAUUGUCUGAAGAUGCUGCUGUCAGAUUUCUCCCAUCACCACAUAGAGAUGGCCUGCACCCUGCUGGAGACCAGUGGACGCUUCCUCUUCAGAUCCCCCGACUCCCACCUCCGGACCAGCGUCCUUCUGGAGCAAAUGAUGCGUAAGAAGCAGGCGCAGCACCUGGAUGCUCGCUACGUGACCAUGGUGGAGAACGCCUACUACUACUGCAACCCCCCGCCCAUGGAGAAGACUGUCAGGAAGAAGAGGCCCCCGCUGCAGGAGUACAUCCGCAAACUGCUCUACAAGGACCUCUCCAAGGUCACCACGGAGAAGGUGUUGAGGCAGAUGCGUAAACUCCCCUGGCAGGACCCAGAGUCUAAAGGCUACCUGAUCUGCUGCAUGGUCAACAUCUGGAACGUCAAGUACAACAGCAUCCACUGUGUGGCCAACCUGCUGGCCGGCCUUGUGGCCUACCAGGAGGACGUGGGCAUCCACGUGGUGGACGGGGUUCUGGAGGACAUCCGCCUGGGAAUGGAGGUGAACCAGCCCAAGUUCAACCAGCGUCGAAUCAGCAGUGCCAAGUUCCUGGGGGAGCUCUACAACUACCGCAUGGUGGAGUCAGCGGUCAUCUUCCGCACCCUCUUCUCCUUCAUCUCGUUCGGGGUGAACCCGGACGGCGGCCCCAGCCCCCUGGACCCCCCCGAGCACCUGUUCCGCAUUCGCAUGGUCUGCACCCUGCUGGACACCUGCGGACAGUACUUUGACCGCGGCUCCAGCAAGAGGAAGCUGGACUGCUUCCUCAUCUACUUCCAGAGGUAUAUCUGGUGGAAGAAGAGUGUGGAGGUGUGGAGUGCAGAGCACCAGUUCCCCAUCGACAUUGACUACAUGAUCAGUGACACCCUGGAGCUGCUCCGACCAAAGAUGAGGCUCUGCAUCUCUCUGGAAGACUCCGCACGACAGGUCACCGAGCUGGAGAGGGAGUUCCUCGUUAAACUGGGACUGGCCAUGGAUGGGCAGAAGGACGGCCGGCCCUCCAGUGCCAUGGGGAGUGAAGGCGAGGCUCUAGACGAGGAUGACGAUGAUGACGACGAAGAGGGAGGGGCGGACACAGAGGAGCAGUCUGGCAAUGAGAGCGAGAUGAACGAGCCAGAGGAAGAAGAAGGGUCUGAGAAUGAGGAAGAGGAGCGGGAGGAAGAAGAGGAGGAGAACACUGACUAUCUGACCGACUCCAACAAAGAGAACGAGACAGACGAGGAGAACAAUGAGGUAACCAUCCGUGGUGGCGGUCUGAAGCAUGUGGCAUGUGCGGAGGAUGAGGACUUCAUCCAGGCUCUGGACAAGAUGAUGCUGGAGAACCUGCAGCAGCGGAGCGGGGAGGCGGUGAAGGUGCACCAGCUGGACGUGGCCAUCCCCCUGCAGCUGAAGAGCCAGCUGAAGAAAGGCCCUGGAGGACCCGUCUGCUCUGGAGAGGGGGACGCAGACAUCUCAGACACCAUGCAGUUUGUCAUGCUCACACGCAAGGGCAACAAGCAGCAGUUUAAGAUCCUGAACGUGCCUUUAUCCUCCCACCUGGCUGCCAACCACUUCAACCAGCAGCAGGCAGAGCAGGAGGAGAGGAUGAGGAUGAAGAAGCUCACUCUGGACAUCAACGAGAGACAGGAGCAAGAGGACUACCAAGAAAUGAUGGCGUCUCUGGCCCAGCGGCCCGCUCCUGCCAACACCAACCGGGAGCGGCGCCCGCGCUACCAACACCCCAAAGGGGCACCCAACGCCGACCUCAUCUUCAAGACCGGAGGAAGACGCUAGACCAUUGCAACCUAUGGAUGGAAGGAGCUGCAGUAAUGAUGGAGACGCUGAUUGGAGUCUAGCUGAGGGAGCGAGCGAAUGAGAGAGCGAGAGAGGGCGAGCGGACCAUCGGUCUCGCCUGAGCAGGGAGUGAGUCCGCCAGCCGCCCACUGACGCAAGCGCAGACCCCCACACCUAACCCUGCCGCCGGAAGAAGAGAAAGAGAAAGGGCAUCAACGAGGGGUGGGGAAGAGGGGGGCACCCCCUUCAUCCAGCUAAGGCGUUCCAGAGAACUCCCCUUCCUUUCUGUGCGUCGCCCGGGACGACACCAGCACAGCAGCACAAACACCCACCCCGUCUCAACAAGAGAAUGAACCAAAAGAUGAAUGAAAGAACGACUGACCAGCUGACGGACGGCCAUAUGUACGGACAGACAUGGACGCAGACAAACAGACGCACGGACAGCUAGGCAGCAGGACAAGGGACCACAGUCGUCUUCUCUUUGCUCCCGUGCAGGAUGAGGAUAUGGUGUACAAGGGCUCACAAGAGGAGGAGAACGGACAGAAUGUGUGUGAAAGCAAAGGGGACGGGUGAGGGUGUGACAUCUUUGGAGAUGGACUGUGCUUCUCUUACUAGGAACAGAUCUGUCAUUCAGUCUUUUUAUCUCUUUAUCUAGCUAAAUCACACACUGUUCAAAGGCAGCUUUGAGAGGGGUAUGGAGGAGGAGGAGGAGAGGAGAGGGAGCACAGACGGGGUCACCACUACUAAAUGACUUGAUAAACAAGGGAACAUGGAGGACAGGAUUAUGUACAGAAAGGCGCGGUUGAUUGUGUGUGAGGAUGGGUUACAGAUGUAGGAUCUUAAUUUGAGCCAGUUUGCUACAGCGGGACAAUAAUCCUGCAGCAACAGGAAAUGUGAAUUAUUAUGUGGAUUAUGAUUAGUUGAUAUUUUUGUAGGGGUUGAUACAUUUUUGUAAGGGAAAAUCAAGUCUGAAAUUUCUAAGUGGAAAUUACAAACUUCAGAAGCCUUUUUAAACCUCAUACACUAAAAGUUUUAAAAUGUCCAGUUCUCCUGCAACAGGGUGAUCAAAUGAAGAUCCUGCAUCUGUACUAUAGAGAUGGUUUGCUCCUCCUAACCCUGUUGGAAAUGGAACACCUUGUCACGGUGACGACCCUGACCCGGAGGCGGGUACGAGACCAGUGUUGACUGACCAGCGUUUCAUCAUCAGAAAUAAAAAUAAAAUAUAAGUGAUGAAUAUAAUACAUAUUCUUUAUUUUUUCAGAAUUUUGGCUUUCUAGAUGUUUCCUUUAUUUUCAUGAAAAAUCUAUACUUUUUUGGGGUGAUAUACAGUUUGUUCAUUUGGAAUUUGUGUGCCGUAUUGUAGUUUUUGACAAAUGGAUAAGAUACUUAUCUGUGCUCUUGCCUCCUGAGUCCUACUCAGUGAUGAUAACUUCUGUUUGAUUAUUUCUGUCUGUUGAGUCUAUAGAUAGAUCAUCUGUACUCUACUGCAUAGGCCUUUCUGCACCAGCUCUGUAAGCCAAUUUCUGCCUGUUUCAGUAAAAGUGUCAGUUUGUGACUCA